UUCAGUCUCUGCCUCCUUUGCUCCUCCUUACUCAUAAACCCUAGCUUCUUCUGGUAAGCCUUGGCGAUUUUUCUUUCUGUGAUUUAUUAUCGUUGCAGUAAAGAGAGAUAAUCGGCAAUGGCGCAGACGGAGACGUUUGCCUUCCAAGCUGAGAUCAACCAAUUGUUGAGUCUUAUUAUCAACACUUUCUACAGCAACAAGGAGAUCUUUCUCCGUGAACUUAUUAGCAACGCUUCUGAUGCUUUGGAUAAAAUCCGUUUUGAAAGCUUGACUGACAAGAGCAAGCUGGAUGCUCAGCCGGAGUUCUUUAUCCACAUCAUUCCAGACAAGACCAAUAACACAUUGUCCAUUGUUGACAGUGGCAUUGGCAUGACAAAGGCUGAUUUGGUGAACAACCUUGGUACAAUUGCAAGGUCUGGGACUAAAGAGUUCAUGGAAGCUCUUGCUGCUGGAGCUGAUGUCAGUAUGAUUGGGCAGUUUGGUGUUGGUUUCUAUUCAGCCUACUUGGUUGCUGAGAAGGUUAUCGUGACAACCAAGCACAAUGAUGAUGAGCAGUACGUGUGGGAGUCCCAGGCUGGUGGUUCUUUCACUGUUACCAGAGACGCAUCUGGUGAGAAUCUUGGCAGGGGAACCAAGAUGACCCUCUUCCUUAAGGAGGACCAACUUGAGUACCUUGAGGAGAGGCGACUCAAGGAUCUGAUCAAGAAGCACUCUGAGUUCAUCAGCUACCCAAUUUCUUUGUGGGUGGAGAAGACCAUUGAGAAGGAAAUUUCUGAUGAUGAGGAUGAGGAGGACAAGAAAGAUGAGGAAGGAAAGGUUGAGGAAGUCGAUGAAGAGAAAGAGAAAGAUGAGAAGAAAAAGAAGAAGAUCAAGGAAGUCUCUCAUGAAUGGUCUUUGGUCAACAAGCAGAAGCCAAUCUGGAUGAGGAAACCCGAAGAGAUCACUAAGGAGGAGUAUGCUGCUUUCUACAAAAGCCUUACUAAUGACUGGGAGGAACAUUUGGCUGUUAAGCAUUUUUCUGUUGAGGGCCAGCUUGAAUUCAAGGCUAUUCUCUUUGUUCCUAAGAGGGCACCUUUUGAUCUGUUUGAUACCAGGAAGAAACCUAACAACAUUAAGCUUUAUGUCCGCCGUGUGUUCAUUAUGGACAACUGUGAGGAGUUGAUUCCUGAAUAUUUGAGCUUCGUGAAGGGUAUUGUAGAUUCUGAGGAUCUUCCUCUCAACAUUUCUCGUGAGAUGUUGCAGCAGAACAAAAUCUUGAAGGUCAUUCGCAAGAACUUGGUUAAGAAGUGCAUUGAGCUUUUCUUUGAGAUUGCCGAGAACAAGGAAGACUACAACAAAUUCUAUGAGGCAUUCUCAAAGAACCUCAAGCUUGGCAUCCAUGAGGAUUCUCAGAACAAGACUAAGCUUGCUGAACUUCUGCGUUAUCACUCCACCAAGAGUGGUGACGAGCUGACUAGCUUGAAGGACUAUGUUACCAGGAUGAAGGAGGGACAGAAUGAUAUUUACUAUAUUACUGGUGAGAGCAAGAAGGCUGUUGAGAACUCUCCCUUCCUUGAGAAGUUGAAGAAGAAGGGUUAUGAGGUCCUGUUCAUGGUUGACGCUAUUGAUGAGUAUGCUGUUGGUCAACUUAAGGAAUUUGAGGGAAAGAAGCUGGUUUCUGCCACCAAGGAAGGCCUCAAGCUUGAUGAGAGUGAGGAUGAGAAGAAGAAGAAGGAAACUUUGAAGGAGAAGUUUGAGGGUCUUUGCAAGGUGAUCAAGGAUGUUCUUGGUGACAAGGUUGAGAAGGUAAUUGUUUCUGACCGUGUUGUGGACUCACCCUGCUGUUUGGUUACUGGAGAGUAUGGCUGGACAGCCAACAUGGAGAGGAUUAUGAAGGCACAAGCUCUGAGGGACUCAAGUAUGGCUGGGUACAUGUCCAGCAAGAAGACAAUGGAGAUUAACCCUGAAAACCCUAUCAUGGAAGAGCUCAGAAAAAGGGCUGAUGCUGACAAAAAUGACAAAUCAGUGAAGGAUUUGGUUCUCUUGUUGUUUGAGACUGCCCUUCUCACCUCAGGUUUCAGCCUUGAUGAGCCCAACACCUUUGGCAACCGCAUUCACAGGAUGUUGAAGCUUGGCUUGAGCAUUGAUGAUGAUGCUGGUGACGCUGAUGAAGACAUGCCUGCACUGGAGGAAGGUGAUGCAGAUGCAGAGGGCAGCAAGAUGGAGGAAGUUGACUGAAGUAACCCUUGAAAAGCACAUCUCGAACGAACAGUGAAUGUUUGUUAUUUUAAUUUUAGGCGUCAAAACUGAGAUGAAACACCCGAGUAGUUAUGUUACUACUGUCUUUUGAAUGCUGUUUUUUUUGGGAUAUUGGUAGUUUUUGGUGGCUUUUAUAUAAAUUUACCUAGGUUCAUGUUUUUUUUUUUUUGCCUAGUGGAUUGGUCUGUCUAUGGAAUCGAUGUUAUCUUUCUGGCCAACCAAUAGCAAUACAGAAUUUUCUUCCGCCCUUCUGUGGUUGAGGUUGUUUCUGUUGAAGGGUUCGAGUCUAUGCAUAUUAUAAUUAAUUUGA